AUGGCACAACAGAAGGAGUCAAUAUCGGAACUUUUUCGAGGAUUUCCAGUAUGGCAGAUGAGUAUAAUUAGUACAUUUAGACUUUCAGAGCCUAUUGCCUUUACUUCGAUGUUCCCAUACGUAUACUUUAUGAUUAGAGACUUUGGAAUUGCAAAAGACGAACACGAUAUUUCAACUUAUAGUGGUUACUUGGCAUCCUCAUUUGCGUUUUUCCAAUUUUUAGUGAGCGUACACUGGAGUAAGCUUUCAGAUCACAUUGGAAGGAAACCAGUUAUCUUGUUUGGGCAGCUUAUGACUACCAUUCUGAUGCUAAUCUUCGGAUUUCUGCCUAAUUUCUAUGUGGCAUUGUUCGCCAGGUCACUUGCUGGGGUUUUCAGUGGUAAUAUAGCUGUAAUUAGAACCAUGAUUGGAGAGGUUGCUACUGAAAGAAGGCAUCAACCGAUGGCAUUUUCAUCGCUAUCUUUGCUUUGGAAUUUGGGUUCGGUAAUUGGCCCAUUAAUUGGUGGCUCCAAGUAUUUGACUAAACCUAGAAAUGUCGUAGGAAAGUCUGUUCGAACGUUGAUAAAAAACGAAACUGGUCUCGGGCAUUUUUACAGAUGUUUUCUUAAUUCAUAUCCAUAUGCAUUGUCGAAUAUUGUUGUUUCGACAUUUCUCGUAUUUGGUCUAGUUGCUGGGUUUUUGUUCCUUGAAGAGACUCAUCAGAGACAUAAGAAAAGGAGAGAUUUUGGAUUAGAAAUCGGAGACGCUAUAUUACGGAAAUUGGGGUAUCAAGUGCCAACCAGAUACUGGAAAAAGAAGUUAAAGAGUAGAAAGCCAAGCGAGUCGACUAAUCAAGAGGAACAACCAUUGCUUGUAGAAGAUGCAGGCAUAUAUGAUUCACUAGAUUGUGACUUGGAAGAGGCUUCAAUUAAUUCCUUUGAACCAGCCACCAGAAUCCUGUCAAAUGUCAGAAGAAGCUCAACUGGCCUUUCAAGAACAUCAAGUAGAGUGAUGUCCUUUGUCACACAAAACAGUGAAUACGACCCAACAGCUUCAAGUGGUUUCAAUUCUAAAACAUUUACAAAGCCUGUUAUAGAGACGAUAUUGGCUACAUUUUUAAUUUCGCUUCUAAUGAUCGUUAUGCUGGAAUUCUUUCCCGUUUUAUUAGCAAGUAAGUUCACGAGAGAUAGUUUAGAAUUCCCAUUCAAAAUGUCAGGGGGGUUUGGUCUUCAUUCAGAUACUAUUGGUACAUUACUUUCGUCGACCGGCUUUUUUGGAGUAUUAUUCACACUUUUCAUUUACCCAUUUUUGGAUAGAUGGAUAUCGACAGUUAACAGCUUUAGAGUGGCCACCUUACUCUACCCAGUUGUACAUUUUAUAAUACCAAUGUUAAUAUUUACAUUACAUGGAUAUAAUGAAAAUAUACCUCCUUGGGUAUCCAUUGUACUCCUUUACGUUGUUGCUGGAUUUGGUACAAUUGCCUCAGCACUAGGAUUCCCUCAGUCCUUUUUGUUGUUGCAUAGAGCAACUCCACCAGAACACAGAGCAUUGGUCAAUGGUACUUCCCUAAGUUUAUCAUCAUUAGCUAGAUGUAUGGGCCCAUUGAUAUGGGGUUGGCUCAUCUCGGUGUGCAAUGCACAUGGAGUGGCAGAAGUCAGUUGGUGGAUAUUGGGAGUCAUUGGUAUUGCAACCUUUAUUCAAUCAUGCUUUAUACAGGAAUUAUCUGAGGAUUUGAAGGGUGCUGAAGAUGAUGAGUUAGAGAGAUAUGAAUCCCUUGCAGAAGCAGAGGAAGCAGAACAUCCAUGA